GCCCGCGAAUCGGCGAUCACUACACCGGACACUGCCUUUUCAGCCGCAGCAAUGUUGCUUGAACCCUUGAAUACAAUUACAAUGUCGCGUGUUUCUUAGCGUGGAUUAAUUUUAAGGGUUGAGGCUAUGGUUGACAUGACAGGGACGGGGGACUCGGGAUCGUCAGUCCAUACAGUCAGCUCUUAAAUCGCCCAUAGCGACGCCAUUUAUUUCGUAAGGUGACUUUUUUUAUAUUUUUCUGAUUCCCGAUCUUGUGCUUAUAAUUCCUUCGUGUUUUGGAAUUUGGAAGUUGUACUGUAUCUUGUUCAGAAAGUAAUGCCAGGUCCAGCCCAGUAGGCUGAGAGGUUAUCGUUCAAAUGGGCUCCCCAGCUCCUGCGGCAUGGAGCCAUCAACCCUCUGGAAUUCCCAAUGAUGGAGAUAUAGCCUACGAGCCGAUGCGAGACCGGUCGGAUACAUACACGUCCGAUGCACCUGGACGAGGUCGGUCUGAUACUUUCUCGGACGAGCCACCUCGAUACUACGACCCAAGCGGAACACAGUCACCUCCCCUUGCAAACGACCAUUCGAGGCAUGUAUCACAACCGACUCCAUUCCAUGAGAAUGAUUUCCUGCUCUCGGAUCGAUCAGGUGCUCCGACCGUGGAGCACAAGGGACCACCUCCCCCGUUCUUUCGAAGAGGCGUCCUGUUCUUCACUGCGACACGGAAACGUGUCUUUACUCGUCUCCUUCCAUUGAUUCUUCUCCUGGUGGGUAUCCUCGCCAUCGCUAUCGGGGUACCGAUUGCCCUGUCGCAAAAAGGCGACUCCAAUCCCUCCGAUAACAAUGACAACAAUAACGACGACGGCACCCCGAUUGCGGUUGCAGCCAACCUGCUCUCUACACCGGUCGGCUCUCCGGACGCCGAUGAUUACGACAAUACCCCCCGCCUCAUUUUCGCCCACUACAUGCUCAUCACACCGCCGCCGGACCACAACUAUAACCCAGACAUUGCAGCCGCACAAGCCGCGGGCAUCGAUGCUUUCGCCAUCAACUACGGAGGCGUGAACAUCAACCCAACUACCCUGCAAGCGGAGCUCCGGAACUUCUACGACGCGUGCGCUGACCACGGCUUCUCCGCCUUCAUCUCCAUCGACGCCACCUCGACCACCGCGUCCGGCGACCAGAUCAAGCCCGAGGAAGCCGCCGAUCUGUUCAACAUGUUCGCCGGCCACCCGGCCCAACUCAAGUACCGGGACGCCGCCCUGUUCAGCUCCUUCCAGACCACCGACACCCCUUGGAACUGGCGCGACGACGUGCUCACCAACCUGAAUACCUCCGUCCACCUCCUCCCCGGUACGCUCACCACCGACGGCGACGCCGCGUUCAAUCGCUCCGAGGCGGACGGCGCGGCCGGGUAUUUCAGCUGGAUCCACCACUUCGAAGACCCGCACAGCGAAGCCAGUAUCGACGCCUCCUUCGCGGCGAUCCGGAACAGCACCGAGCACUCGCCCAGCGGGGGGACGAAGGACGGGAAGCUCAAGUGGAUGGCGCCGCUCGCGCCGUGGUUCUACAAGAACCUCGGCGCGCACUGGGCGACGCACCAGGGCCCGCAGAUGUUCCUGCCGCGCGCGUUGGACCUGCUGCGGCGGAAGCCGGACUAUCUGCAGCUUGUGACGUGGAACGACUACGGCGAGUCGACGUAUUUCGGGCCGGUGAACAGCAACCUGACGGCGCUGUGUUCCGGGUGCUAUUACGGCCACCUGGACCACUCCGGGUUUCUCGAGAUGUUGAAGCCCAUCUUCCGCGCCUACCGGAAAGGGGACGUCGACGUCACGUUCGACGCCGACGACAACGACAAGGAGAACGUGUGGAUGUACUACCGCCCCCAUCGCGCGGCCACGGGCACCGUCGGCACCCGGCCGGACGCCUGGGACAUCCUCCAGGAUAAGGUCUACAUCGUGACGUUCGUCGCGGAGGAUGACACGAUGAUCACGCUGACGGCCAAGGACGGGGCCGGGACGAAGGUCAAGGAACAGAAGAUGAAGGUGAUGAAGGGCCUCACGGUGGUCCAGGCGGACUGGGCGAAGGGCAACCAGACGAUCAUGGCGACGCGUGGGGAGAAGACUGUCGUCAAGGCGAAGACGGGACCAUCGAUUAUGGAUGCGCCGGAUAGGAAUGGAUAUAACGGGAAUGUGGUGGUCGUUUGAAAGUUUUUACCGUUGUCAGGAAUGCGAUCGAAUAGACCGAAGAUACCUUUCAUCUGAGCGUUGGCGCACUAGGAAUUAAUGUUUCACUCGGGUGGAUUUGCACAAUGAUCUCAAGUAGUUGAUUUUAGGAUAUAGCCAAUGCUAUUGGAAUUGUUCAAGUACGCCUCCUUGUCAGCAAAUAUGGGUGCGCUCCUCAAAGCUCCGAGCGAGCAGAGAGCGCGGUAUU